AUGAAGCUUGCACUCUUGAGUACCGUCUUUACUCUCCUCAUGUUGAAUACCUUGGUCAUGGCUCAAGGUUUGCACUGGAUCUGUACUUGCUUCCAUCCACAAUACGAUCGUGGGUGCUGCGGAGAAGUUGGCUACACUAUGGAAGUUGAUGGCAAUGUCUGCAAUAUUCCUCGCAAAGAUGAAGCCAGCAUGGAAAAGUUCAGAACUUGCUGCAAUGGCAUUGAAGGCUACACCAAAUGCAAAUAA